AUAAAACCGCCCCUAUCGUCAACUACGGUGUAAACAUUUACCACAAGCAUCAGUCGCUUUUCGGACAAACGGUGGUUGUCUUUAUAUUUAUUAAUGCUGUCCACCGCUCUUAAAACACACACACAUACACAACAUCAGAGGCAACAGUAGCAACAACAACAAUAACAACAACAACAACAGAAGUAGCAGUAGUCGCACAACAGUUACACAACCACCACGGUGUGCGUCUGUGCACCGCCAGUAUUUCGCACGGUGCAACCCCGACGAGAGGACGUGUCGGAAGAAGACCCGAGUGAUUAUCGUAUUCAAAAACCAAGUGGUGUUUGCUUACAAAGUGGAACUUUUAGUAUUUAUAAAGAAAAAAGAAAUAAUUAUUAAUAAGAUGAACCCAGUGCGAGAUAUGUCGUCGCCGGUGAAAGAGAUCGAAGUGAACGUCGUCUCCAGUCCGGAGUCGACGAGUAGAACGGGAUCACCGGAACCGGACUUCCGUAUUAUCAAUCACGUCGCCGGCGCCGCGACGCCGACCCUCACGUGUUACCCGGUGAUCAAGCAGACCGUCGAGGAUGAUCAGAAGAGCGACCAGAAGGACAACACCAAAGGAACGCAGCCGAAGAACACCGGCGCCUCCACCAACUUCUCGAUAUCCAGCAUCCUCAGCCGCGCCGAACCCGUCGCCAAGAAGAACGGAUUCCUCGGCAUCCAAGCCACGCAUCAGCAGACUUUAGAAGCGGCCAUCACGAAUUCCACGGAUAAUGCGAUGCUCUCUAGAUUAGGCUUGAUGUCGCAUUUCGGAGCCCUGGCUGCAGCGAGCAGCAGGUACGCAGCCCUCUGCGGUCCCGCCGAUCCCAGAAGCAUACCUUGGUACUGGGGCAGACUCCAACCGCAGAUCCCGCAGGAGAAACCUAGCCCUAACGGUAACUCUAUCAACGAUGACCAGUCACCUCCGACAUCGCCGAGGGACUUCCAGACGAACCUGCAGUCUUCGGAAGGGCACAGAAACAGUCCUCGGGCCUCCUCUCCGUCGGAACAGCACAGGUCACCGGCUGGAAGCCCUCACCAUCCAUCCAUGAUCCCUUCAUCCCAUCCGGCCUUCCUCGACCAGAACUACCUAUCCAUAUCGCGAUCGAAGAGUCCCUAUAGGGAGUCCGACAACAUGGUGAUAGACGAAGAGAUCGACGACGACGAGAGCGAUUACGACAACGAUAAAGAUAAAAAAGUGCAAGGUUCCAGUCUCAGUCCUGGAAGCUCUCUAGCUAACAAACGCAAGAAGAAGACGCGCACCGUCUUCUCCAGAUCUCAAGUAUUCCAGCUGGAAUCAACCUUCGACAUGAAACGCUACCUCUCGAGCUCGGAGCGCGCCGGACUCGCCGCCAGUCUUCAUCUCACCGAGACCCAGGUGAAGAUCUGGUUCCAGAACAGGAGGAACAAGUGGAAGAGGCAGUUGGCCGCGGAGCUGGAGGCGGCGAACAUGGCGCACGCCGCCCAGAGAUUGGUCCGCGUUCCGAUACUCUACCACGAAUCGGCGAACAGGCAUCCCUUCGAUGCUCAGAGCCACGGCCUAAGUCUUCACCAUCCUCUGGAAUCCCGGGACAGCGUCAACUCCACCAACAGCUCCGUGGUUACAUCACCAGCCGGAUAUCCGACAUCCCUCUACUACCAUCAUCAAGCGAGCGUCGCUGCGGCCGUGCACAGUCUACCCUCCAGUCCAGUGAGUAGGCCUCCCAUGUCCGGAUUAGUCUGAAACGACGGAUGCUGGUACAUACCGCAACCCCCCAAACAAAUCUAAGUCAGAACAUACCCAAUAAUAACAGAAAACAUUUCAUGAGACGCAUUGAAAAAAGUACCAAGUACAAAAUCAAAUAUUUUCACAAAAAACAACACGAAAAUAAAACAGAAAAUAACAAUAUACAUAAAUAAACGAAUAUCUUCGCAUAUACGGAAGGAAAAUUUGGAAAAUGUAACACGUUUGUUUAGAUAUUAAGGAAACCAAAAAAAAA